CAUUUUUUUUAUUUACUAACAACAAUGACAUCAGUGUGUUUAUUUAUGUUACUCAACUUUUAUAGAUAAUUUUUUUGUUGACUAAACUGUUUUGCUUAAAAAUCAAGAGAUUAAAUUCGUAAUAAGUCAUCAAGUUGAUCAAGUCACCUUCGGAUAUAUCGAUAAAAACGCUGCUACGUGCAUUUUAGUGCAUAUUGCACGUUUAACCACGAAACUGUUUGUAUGUGUUCAGUUUAUUGCAUCCGUUCAGCAGGCCCAUUGAGAUUGGACUCAUUAAUGAAAUGACUCAGUGUCCCAUAAUUAUCACUAAAACAACAGGGUUUUAAUUAUGGAUGUCGCAACUUGUCUUCGAGCACAUAGCAACAAUGAAUCGGCUGAAUUCCAGAGUUGCUCAUCAGAUUCUGACGGAAAAAGCGAUUUAGAUGAAGAUUAUUAUCAGAAUUUACCUCCGCCUAUUCCCGGAGAAACUCUUUUAUCCUCAUCUAUUUCAAUUAAUAAAUCUUUAAUGCAAGAAUCCAGACCAAAACUAUCAUCUUACAGUGACAUAUUAAAGUCAUCACCACAAGAAAAAUCAUCGGAUUGGACACCAAUUAAAAAGAAAAGAACGAAGAAAAAAAGUGAAACAAAAAAUGAUUCAAAACUGCAAGACAAAUUCUCUCAAUCUCUUUCGAAUCUUUCCCUUAACGAAGGACGUCCCCAAAUUUCAACGCCGAUUCGUAAUCAUCAAAACGAGAAACUGUUGCUUGAUACGAAUAAGUUAUCGAAAAUAGUACGUGAGGAAGUAAAGAAGCAGUUUGAUGAAUUAAAAUCGGAAUACGAAUUGAAGCCGAAAGUUGAGAAGAAAUCGGUAGAAAAUGUCGCAAAGCAAAAUCUUGUUGCAGCUCAAUCAAAACUUGCACAGCCGGUUCAAAAUAGUAGUGGGAGUGUUCAUCAAGGCGAUGGUGAAAACGUUUUAGUCGAGAAAAAGAAGAUUAGGAAAAUACUUAAUUAUAUAGAUAAUGUAGAACAAUGUAUGAAAGCUAUCGUGAAAAGUCAGGACUUUAAGGGAAAACCAGAAGAGCAUAGAAGGAUGCAGCAUUGUUUAGAAUCUUUAAGAUAUGCGUAUGUAAGUUUAAAACAGAUUCAAGAUUAAAACAAUUUUACUUUUUUUUUUGAA